AUGGUUAAUUAUUUUAUUUAUGCGACGGACGAUUCCAUGUCCACGCGUGGAGCAGAAUACUUCAAUAGAAAAGGAUUGGAGACACUCCAAAAAUUCAAAGAUGAAGUUAAGGAUUUGCAGAAUAAUAGUGGGGGCAGUGUCGAAGACGAUAGGGUAGUAUACCUUCACUGGAGCCACCGAUGCGAACCAAUUGAAGAAGGUAAGGUAGAGUUAAGAUACAGAGAGAAAAAUGGAAAUGGUUACAAUACCUUACCACAUACAGUGCUAGACUGGAUGGCUCAAAAUUUAAAAGAAAAUGAUACAGUACAACUACUGUACGUAAUCACAGAUGGCGCUGUGUAUUCUGCUAACAUCAGACCCAUCGAUCCUAAUAUGAAAAUUGAUAAUGUUGUAUUCUACGCGUUUAAUUCAGACAUUAAUAGAAUAGAUAUGUCUGUGGCGUCCAUGUUUAUUUGUAACAAUAAGCGUUACAUUGUGCAUUGUAACGAAGAGCUGGUAGAUGAUACAGAUCUGUCGAAUCCUUUCGAUUAUGACCAAAUAACUGUGAAAACGUUCCAUGAGAAAAAGGAAGCAUUAAAGUCAUAUAUUAAGUUACAAUUUCUAAAUAAAUCCUCCUCAGAUCGUAUGGCGUUGGAGGAAAUCAAAAAGAUAAAACGCUUACGUACCCGUUUGUAUGCUGAGCUUGAGGCCGAGGAAAAACUUAAUCCAGAAGCAUCUUUAAACUUAAAUGUCAAAGAUAAAGACAGUUUCGUACAACAAUUUAAGAGAACUACAUUCUAUGCAACAAUAAUGAACUCUGACCAUCACAAUCAGAAGCAAGUUAUUGAGAGUUGCAUCAGCGCUUUAAUCAGUUACAUCAAUAAUGACAAGAAAUCAUUCAACUUUGACAAUUUAAAGUUUACGCAGAAAUUCACUCCGGCUCCAGAAGAAGAGGAUGUGUCCAACGUUGGUUACGACAGUGCAGAAGAAAUCUCAUUCCCUGAUAUUAUUAUGUCAAAUGAGACGGGAAUUCCCGUCAUUCUGUUGACUCACUACAGUUUGAUUGAUAAGAUUUUAUUCAAGAGCGACGAAGACCAAACCUCCCACUCCGCCCACUUCUCUCGGUUCAGGAGUAUGAUCGAAUGCCCUCUAAUGUUGUUAAAUGAUGUCAAUUUUAAAAGUUCCAUUGAAUACUUCUACAAUUUGGAAGCGUUCAAGAACAUGAUCGAACACGGCAUUCUUACUGGACCCCGCACGCGUGAGCCUUUCACAGGCGCCAUUGUGCCGCUUGAAGAGUUCGACGAUUACAAUGACUACAUAUUGUCUUGCACAUAUUUCGCUGGACGAAGAGUGCCUUACAACCAAGGAUUAUUAUACUACGUUCUGUAUAAAACCUGCGAAAAGUUAGAAUACAUCGAACCGAAUGUCGUUAAAUAUCUGAAAGGUUAUGUUAUAAAGCGUAUUGCCAAAACUCAAUGUUAUUUAGGCCUCAGCGGAGUCUCUAUAGACGAUCCUUUGAUAAAAGUAAAUCUCACUACAGCCUUGUGGUAUUGUGUUGAGCUUUCGUCUAUUAUCUUUGGAAAUGAUCCGACACAUUUCACAAAAGAGAAAUUGCGUAUGUAUAGUCAUUUUGUAGAAUAUAUGAAGGAGAUCCUUGAAUGGUUUCAAUAUCAAAUCGAUACAAACUUGGUUAAUAGACGUGCGGAUAUUUUCAAACAUCUGAACCAACUAAAACGCAUCCCGCGUUUCGAAGAUAAAGCCAUGUUUAUUUUGGAGCAAAUAUUCCUUAAAAAAGAUGGAUUUUUAGUUUCUGAAAUUGUAAAUCCAGAUAACAUUUAUAAGUUACUUUACAUAAAAAUGGACCACAGGAAACUAGUUGAUGAGAGUGUGUUGUCUGUUGAAGUCGACGUGCAUAAGUUUGCACAUUUCAUGGAUUAUAUUGAAGACACAAAUGUACCUAUCUGCAGAAAAACUUUGAGGCCUCACUUUGUAACAGAAGACAAUAAGUCUUUCUAUGAACAGGUAAAGAUGAAAGCAAAGAAAGUGUUAGUACAAAACGGAAGACUGACAUUGGAGCCGGUGUCCAAAUUGAGCUUAUCCAGAAUUUUAUCUUUAAACAAACUAUAUAUAUUAUACGUUGAGGAACAUUCAAAAUAUCCUACACUGGAGGAAUACAAACAAUUCGUGUUGAAGAAAAAACUAGUUUUUAGAAGUAAGCCGGUCAUUUUUACGACAGGAGUUGUGUCCUAUAUUAAAGGUGUUCAUCAGGAUUAUGAGAAGAUCAUUAAUGACAAAAAUGAUCCAAUAAGUGUGUCUGAAUUCAUUGAAAUAACCAAAGAAUCUGUAAAUAGGGAGAAACGCAUUAGGCUAGAGGAGCCCACCGCUUUUGACAUGUCUGAAAUUCUAGAGUACAUUAAGAAAUCUGAAAGUAAUGUUGAAUUCGAUAGUUAA